CUCCACCUCUUGAAACUUUUGUCACCAAGUGAUCGCUCUCACUUUUCCCCUCCUCCUCCUCUUCCUCCUCCUCCACACAGUAGAUACCCACGGCUUCACAGACCCAACAUAAACACACAUACACCAUCCACUUGCUGCUACUCCUACCUCAGAAGUGAGCUUCACAGUUGCCGUAUCUGGGACAGUCAGUGGCUUACAUCGCGGCAUUCUCCCCCUCCCCCCAAAAUCAGCCAGCCACCUUCCUUCAAACUUACACACGGGGUUUUCGCCCUGACAAUUCCAAUCCACUCUAUUUAAUUUGGGCCAUCAUUUCACGGGAUCAUUCAGAGCUGUGGGACAAACUCUUGUGUGAAAGAUCAACCACCACCCUGAAUUAACAAACAUAAAAUCCAGCCAACCAUGGAACGUAGCCUACCCAGUCCUCCAACGGAGGAGCACAUCAAGGUGCAGACGGUGAAGCGCAACAGCUCCAGCGCCAAGUCGACCAAGCCCGCACACCGCACCUCGAAACGGGCAGCGGGUACUGCUACCACCGCCCACUCACACCUGCACUCGCCCAUGUCGCCAACAGAUAGCCACUCUACAGCACUUUCCUCAGUCGCCGACAGCAGACAUAAGAGAGUGUGGAAGGCAUGCGAGAGGUGUCGGAUGAAGAAGACAAAGUGCGAUGGAGAGUUUCCUUGCAAGAGGUGUAAGGACGACGGCCUGGUCUGCACAGCAGGCGUGAGGAAGAAGACGGAGUUCAAACAAUUACCCAGAGGGUACGCUGAGGUUCUAGAGAACACCCAAUUCGCCCUCAUCGCCACCGUGCAGAAGCUCUACUCGAUGGUCCGAAACGGCCAGCAGUGGGAUCUCGGAGAGCCAGACCUCAACGACCGCGGACAGCCUGUAAUACACAACAUCGCCCAGAAACUGGGUUGCAUACGACCCAACAGCGACGUUGACCUGCCCGUCCACUCCGUCUUCCCCGAGGACGAGCAGGGACUGGCCGACCUGGCCUCACAGCUUGAAGCCCAACAACAACAGGAGGAUGCAGUUUCAGUGGGACAACAGCAACAGCAGCAGGGACAGCAGCAGAAACAGCAAGCCGUCGUGAUGACGGGUUCAUCAAGAUCCGACCGGAGUAGCUCGUCGGAAGCAGACCAUUCCGACUUCGAAGAUUACCGCAGAGCUGCUUUUGGGGGUGGUCGGGCGAGCAGCACCAUGACGCUGAGCCCGGCCAGCCUCACGUACGACUCAUUUGAUAGCUACUCGGCGCCGCCCUCCGAAGGUCUCCCGAGCGCAACCUCUCCCACGAAUCCCAUCCCGCCGACCUUUGCGCCAUGGAUGAGGCCGUCCGCGAUGGCCUUCAGCAACACCCCACCCCAAUUCGUACAGUCAUCAGGUUCCUUUGUGGGCAUGGAUAUGCUGAACCAGGGCCUCCUGGAGUCCGAGUUUGGCACUAUCAAGCCACAUGUGCUGAACUGUCCAAAUCCCGAGGUGAUGAUGGGCAUGGGGGAUCCGAUGAUAUACUCUGGGUUCGAUGCCGACUCGAUGCGACUGUGAUCGACGGGACGGGAUGGAUGGGAUGGAUGGUUGGACGUAUGAGAAAUUCACCGCCGAUCAGAUGCAAAGAAGAAAAGGAAAAACUAACAGAGUGUGGUGGCUGGCCACGCUGGGCACAGAGGAUCCAUUCGUCAUAAUGGUCAGGGCUGGGGCUGGAAUUUCAAUGACUGUUGGGUCGGGAUUAUCUCUGCACAACAUGGAGAGGGCGUUGCAAAGAUUAGGGUGACUGGGGCUUCCAACAGCGUUUUACCGCACGGCGUUUCAAGAGUAUUGAUGAUUUUGUUUCUCUCUUCGUUUUUCUUCUUCUUUCUCCUCUUUUCAUUCGUUUCUGGUCAACAGGGGGGCAUGAUUGCAUUCCACGAAAUGUAUGAAUGGAGAGACGAUGGCCUAGAGGUUUUGGCUUUCUAAAUAUGGUUUAUAUGUACGACUAAAGAGGAUGGGGCCAGCUCCCUCACGAUUCUUUAUUAUUGUCUUGUUUCUGCGAACCCGGUCAACAGAGACGAACCGAAGCGCGCUGGAACCGGGUUGGGGGCCCCAUACAACCAGGGCGCAAAGAAUGAAACAAAUUGAAUACACCGCUCGCAAUUACUACUAUUGUAAACCCUC